AUGGCCAGCUACGCCGUUCUCGGAUCUACAGGGAACACGGGCACUGCUUUGAUUGAAAACAUUCUCCGUGUUCCUACCAACCGCGUCCAUGCCUACUGCCGCAACAAGGCCAAACUCCUGCGACUUGUGCCGGAAAUCGCGGAGAACAAGAGCGUCGAUGUCUUCGAAGGAAACAUUACAGACUUAGAUCUCAUGGUCAAAUGUGUUCGCGGAACCCGUGCGGUCUUCCUGGUGGCCACUACAAACGAUAACGUUCCCGGGUGUCGCAUCUCGCAGGACUCUGUCCAGACGGUCAUUGACGCCUUGAAGACGAUCCGUGAUGAAUCUGACUCCGACAUCCCCAUCCCAAAGCUCGUAUUACUCUCCUCUGCCACCAUUGACCUGCACCUGAGCCGACGGAUGCCUGGAUGGUUCAAGCCGGUUAUGAAAAUGGCCGCGUCGAACGUCUACAACGACCUGAUUGAAGCGGAAAACAUGAUGCGUGAGCAGCAAGACUGGCUCCAGAGCAUCUUUAUCAAGCCCGGUGGGCUCUCUGUGGACAUCCAGCGCGGACAUAAACUGGAUUUCGAUGAGCAGGAGUCUUUCAUCUCCUACUUGGACCUGGCUGCGGCAAUGUUGGAGGCCGCAAAUGACCCGAAUGGAAAAAUCGACCCCAUGUCUGAAACGAUCAUGGGCGCCUCGCAAAUACGCCUUCAGGGCGACAAACUAGGAGAAAAUCUCUACGUCAAUCCUCCACAAGAAGCGAUAGAGCUCACGAAUCGUCUUCUACAAAGAAACCACGACGAGCUUCAUAUCUUCUUCCGCGACCUGAACGGCCAUAACCAUCUCGUGCACAAUCUGUUGACGCGCCUGGUGCUUGGAGCCACCCCGGCCCAGAUCCAGGUUGCCUUUGACGAUGACCUGCCCACACAGCGUGCUAUGCCGCCACUCGACGAGGAGGUCGUGCAGAGGCUCUCGAAUGAAAGCUACUUUUACGAACGCAUCUCCAAAAUCAACCACUAUACCAACUUCCUCUUCUUCUUCCAGAAGCAAAUCAGCCGGAGAGGCUGGAAGGCCGUGGUAAAUGAGUACCUCUUCUCCCGGUCUCGGAUCGCCGAAGCGCUGCUGGCACUCAUGUACGAAGGCGCCUACCACCCGAUUAUCCACCUCGGUCUCGGUAUUGAAUUCGAGCAGCCCAGCAUCAUUGCGGAAGCUCUCGCCCAGGCCGCAGCCCACGAUUCCUUCGGCACAGCCCACUACUUCUCGUCGGCGGAAGAGCGUGCCACCGUGCACGAAACCGGUAGUAUGCCGCUAGCUGAGCUCCUCCAUGACAUCUCAAACACGCCCUCCCUCGUCAGUGUCGGCCGUGCCCAGGGGCUUAUUGGCACUAUGAAGAUGAAGCGUGCGGUCCUCCCGGAUGCCGGAGAGGAUAUCAUCGACAUUGCGGCACGGUUUCGCGUCACACCGGAGACGCUGGAGAAGCGCACCGCGGAAGUGAUCAACCUGGGUGCGUACAUGGCGGGUUCCGCACAGCGGACCGGAUAUGCGCGGAAGAUCGACUUUUUCUUCAUGCAUUGCGUGACCAGCUCCAUCUUCCUCAGUGUGCUUACGCGCCAGGACUGGAUCCGUCUAGAAGACAGAGCCCGCGUGGUGGAGUGGAAGGGAAGACUGGAUUUGAUCUGGUAUGUAAUCUGUGGGCUGCCGGAGCUAGAUAUCCAUGCCGUUGAGAACUACACGGGGACGACCAGCGGAGCAGCAGCCGGGUGGAUGGAGCUCUUCGCCUUGGUCAAUGAACAACACGAUGAUGGACAUGUCGCUAAAUUCGUCCGAGCCCUGAAAAACGGAGAGGAGGUGUGCAGGGAGUUUGAAGACGACGACGAUUUUAUGGUCCAGGGCGAUAUGUGGCUGAAGAUUGCUCGCAUGGCCUACGACAGUACGCAAAACACGACGCCGCAGACCAGUUGGGUGGUGAUGGCUGGUAUGAAUGACGCUUGGGCGCCGGUUCCCAAGCAGUAG